CUGGCCUGGCCUGGCCUGACCAGUCUGUAUCAAACCUGCCUCUCAGUCUCAGUAAGAUCGUUUCACACAAUAAUACGCAGUUUAUUCAACCCCUUAAAGUGGAGUUCAAUUAGAGCUGGUGAAGUGGUUAGUGUGAGAAUGUGUAAUAGAAUGGACAUACUUUGAGAAUUUCUAGAAAAUGGAUUACAGUAGUGAUGAGGAGACUAGUCGAGGACAGGAGGAGGAGGGAGGAGAGAAGGAGGAGAGGAGGAGGAUGAGGAAGGAGAUCAAGGCCGGGACGGGGGAGCAGAAGAUCCUGUGCAGGAUAUGCGGGGAUGGAGCUGUCAGGCAUGUUCACUAUGGUGGCCAUUGUUGUUUCUCCUGUAAAGCAUUCUUUCGUCGAGCUGUAAACUGGCAAACCAAGAACAAGAGAACCUUUCAGUGCAAGUUUGAAUCAGGGUGCGAGAUCAACAUAAAGAACAGAAAAACUUGUCAGUCAUGCCGGUUUCAGAAGUGUAUAACGACGGGUAUGAAUCCCUCCUGGGUUCUGUCUGACGAUCAGAGGAAGAAAAGGUUCAAAAAGUACAGAGAGACCGGAGAAUUAAGUCCUACCAGUAGUCAGGAUUCUAGUCGCGAAGGGGAACUGGAUUUACCCCUGGAAAGGGGUUCAGGGCGGAGAAGAGCUAAGUCUGCACCCUCUCACGCGCAUAGACAGGCUAGUCGGUUCAAUCAUGAUGAUCUGAGCCUACCAGCCUCUCAGCCGGUCAGUCCUUUAGAGCGUGACUACGGAGCGUGUCGGAUAGCAAGGUGUAGUGGGGAGCUUGAUAUCAAAACGGAGCCGACUCUACUCUCGCCGCUCCGUGAGGAUCCUUUUCCUUUCGGGUUUGAUCCUUUGGAUCAUGUUCCUAUAAAAGAGGAGCCGGAGAUGGAGCUGGAUGACUUGAACAACCUGCAAACUCUGAUCUCAACCUGCGACUUUGUCACGUUAGAGGAGGAGAAGAAGAAAACGGAGGGAAAACCCCCAGAUUUUUCUCAAUAUAAACCCCCAGAUUUUCCCGAGAAUAAAAUCCCCGAGUUUCCCGAUUAUAAACCAGAUCGAUCCUCGAAGGUUGAACUGGGCCAGGAGGAGAUGUUAUCGCUAAUGAAGCUCGAAAUGUCGUUUGAAAACUCGAGUUCGAGUUUUCCCGUAAUGAGUGCCGAGACAGCGAGUAUCUGGAACUCUGUCUUGCUCUCCUGUAACUUCGAUACCUUGAACAACCGUCUCACUAAGGGUUUGCUCAGUGAAGCUGUUGAACUGUGUCUCCGACGAAAUCUAAUCUUUCUGCAGGAGAACUUGGACUUUACCUCGCUCAGUGUAGAAACGCGCAAGCUGUUGUACGGCAAGAACAUGGUAAGCAUGUGUCACGUUCGCGGACUCAUGCUGCGCUCUUCUAGUGCGCAGAACUUCACCUGUAUCAGUAACUCUAACCUAGUUCAGAUUAGUUACAAGAAUAUGAGAACCGGAGAGAUGAAACUAUGGAACCUAAUGGAGGAGGAAGAGGAGGAGGGUCAGGGGGUGAAAGAAGGAGCUACUGAGACCACCAGCUCCCUCCUCCACCUAGCGGAGGAGAUAUGGAAACUAAAAUUAGAACGAGGAACCUUCCUCAUCCUUCUCCUGGUAGUUCUAUUUUCCAGCCAGGGUUGUAACCUACAAUCCUGCUUCAUGGUGGAUAGGUUUCAGAACAAGUACCUUGCCCUACUGUACAGAUACCUGCAGAGCCAACACGGACAGGAAACUGCACAGAAACAUUUUACCAUUAUAAUGAAGUUCGUUCUUGCUCUGCUUACCAACUCCUAUUAGAACAAAUUCCCACUCCUAUAUCAUGAUACCAACUCCUACUUCGAUAUCAUUAUACCAACUCCUACUCCUAUAUCAUGAUACCGACUCCUACUCCUAUAUCAUAAUACCAACUCCUACUCCUAUAUCAUGAUACCAGCUCCUACUACUAUAUCAUAAUACCAACUCCUACUUCGAUAUCAUUAUACCAACUCCUACUCCUAUAUCAUGAUACCGACUCCUACUAUAUCAUAAUACCAACUCCUACUCCUAUAUCAUGAUACCAGCUCCUACUACUAUAUCAUAAUACCAACUCCUACUAUAUCAUGAUACCAACUCCAACUCUUAUAUAAUUACACCAACUCCUACUCUGAUAUCAUAAUACCAACUCCUACUUGAAGAUAUUACAAACUCUCUUAUACUCCAUAAGCCAUGCUACCCUAUUCCUCCUUAUACCUUCAGUUUCUAUGAAACUUUUACCUAAAAUUACAAGUGCAUUGUACACUAUGUACAACGCAAAAUGCAACGAUGCGUACAGAUGCAACCUACCUAUCUGCAUUAACGUGUAUGAAACUGCUACAAAGUAGCCUGCCUAUUUAUAUUCAAGUGUUGUAAAGUGCACAAUCUAAAGCCUACUUAAGAGUAUCAUAGUGAUACUAAAUAUACAGAGAUAUAACCUAACUAUAGGGAUCAAAGUCACUGUUGCAAAUUUGGAGAAAAUUUCGGCAAUGUCAAAAAUGAAAGUGAUAAAAAUUUAUCAAAAAGAUCAAUUAGUCAGAAUAGCACUUGUUGUCAGCAUAUUUUGGUUAUGCUGUCGACAUCAAGUUUUGUUUGUCAGCUCACUCCUAGGUUUUGACGUUGUCACAUUUUUGUGAACGGGUUUCAACAAAUCGGGUCAAAUCUUCAAUAGUUUUUAUUACAGUACAGUACAGUACAGUACAGUACAGUACAGUACAGUACAGUACAGUACAGUACAGUACAGUACAGUACAGUUUGUAAAGUACAAACAGUACAGAGUAGUACAUUACCACUUGGUUACAGCUAAACAAUUAUCAAGGCUUUCUUGUCCGGGAAGGAGCUAGGUCAAAAGAUGCAUUUAUACAAGUUUUUGACAUUGUCAAAAAAAAAUCGAUAAAAAGUGGAAGUGUACUAUACUGUGUGUUUGUGCUGAUAAUAGUUUAAUUGUUAUUCAUUGUAAAUGUUAUUUAUUGUAAAAUGUCUAUUUAUCGUUGUUCGUGAUAAUACACGUAAAAUAUUACAACCCCCCAUUUCCCCACAUUAUUUCAUCUUAGACGACCAUCCAUCAAUCCCUUCUCCUAACCGCUCCAUUUUAGCUGAUAUUCCCUCAAUAGCUGAUUAUCUUCCGCUUCAUCAUGGCUGAGUAUCCAAAUAGCUAAUUAUACUCUUCUUGGCUGAUUAUCCUCCUCUAGCUUAUUAUUCUUUUCAUAUCCAUUCAUAGCUGAUUAUGCUCAAAUAGCUGAUAUUCCAUGUAUUGCGGAUUUUCCCUUCCUAGCUUAUUAUCCAUUCAUAGUUAAUCCCUGUAUAGCUGAUAAUUCCUUCCUAGCUGAUAAUCCUCCCAUAGUUUAUUUUUCUCCUAUUAGAUGAUUAUCCAUUUUUAGUCACUAAUUCUCCUUAUUAUCUUCCAAUGGAUGAUGAUUAUUGAUUAUCCAUUAAAAGCUCAUUAUAUUUUCAAAUCUAAUCAUAUCUUUAUAGUUUAUUAUCCCCUCAUCUUUGAUUACUCCUCCCUAGUUGAUUUCUCGAUUGCCAAUAUUUCCUCCUAUUGAUCAAUGAUCAUCCCACCCUAGUUCGAUCAUUUUCCUAGCUGAUUGCCAUUAUUAGCUAAUAAACUGCUUGACUGUCAAGUCGGACUGAAACGCCGGUACUCGAGUCAAACAAAAAGUACGUAAAUAUCUUACCUCAAUUCUUCGCUCCGGGUAUAUAAUUCAUAUAUUAAAAUAGUUAAGAACCAGGCUAAAAAAUGCAAUUUAUUAAUUGUGUCAUAUGUUCUUAAUCAACGUACAGAGUAUUUGACGAGAAUACUCUGAAAAUAGAAGUGUGAUCAAUUUCAAUAGCAGAAUAUUGUAACGUGAAGGAAACGAUAUGUUAUAUGUACAAAAUCGUCAUUUGUAAAAUCAAUCU